AUGAUGAAGCCCAGCUUCUCCAGGCGCAAGGCGCCCUGCGACGACCUCUUCAGCGCGAACGAAGAAGAUGAGGUCCUCUUCGCAGCUUACAAUGGCUACCUGUUCUGCGGCAAGUACGGCAUGCAGAAGCUCGAGGGGAACGCGAAAGACCGAAAGGUGGCCCUACAGCUGAAGGAGUGGUGGUUCGAGAGGGACAACGCAAAGGAAGGCAUCACGAGCCGUGGAUCUUCGCUUUCGCCGGAGAGCUACCAAUACGCGGACCCUGAAAACUACGGGUCGCUGGAUCCUGAGAGGAUGCCCUUGGAGCACAAAUGGCGCUUUGCGGCCUUCUCACACGAGGGACAUGGUUGA